AUGAGCUCAUGUCACUCAGUCCACAUACAGGGUCAGUCGCAGAGUCCAGGACCCCAUCGCCGAACGCGAAAGCCCAUUAGUUGCGAUCAUUGCCGAUAUUCCAAAUUACGAUGCGAUCGUCAACAACCUUGUGGAUCUUGCAAGAGACGGGGGCGCGGCGACUCGUGCUUUCUUCCAGCUAAGUCGGGUCUUGCACCUGGAUCGGCCAAAUCGCAGACAUCACCAGUUCAAGUACCAGCUGGGUCUGCCAGGACAGUUGAGCCUCGAUCCGCCACAAGGGGGCAAAUUCUCACUGCCUCCCCGGGUUCAUAUCCCGAACGAGUCAGAACUGAGAUUAAUGGGCUUUUUCCAGAUAGCGGGUGGGGAUCAGUCCUUGAAAGGCCCGUCCCGCAGAGUGAUCCAGCCUUCGCACCGGACACAUUAUCCCCAUUCUCAAUGGGCCAACAAGCCUCGCUCCAGAAUAUCAUAGAGCUUCUUCCUCCGGAGAACUGUCGUGAUUAUCUGGUUUCUCAUUAUUUCAAUCAUAUAUGUGCCUUGUUUCCAAUUCUCCAUGGCCCAAGUUUUGAAAAGCAGUACACUGCUUUCAGACAGCAGCCGCUCGAAGUCGACCUAUCCUGGCUAGCCUUACUAUUUUCAAUGUGUGCUUUAACUUUGAGUGCCACAGAGCCAACGGAUCCACGACUGGCAGACCUAUGGUCGAAGGGAUGUGUCAACCAAGCUGAACAGGCAAUAGCUGUAUCUCGCAGGCUCCAGCAAACGGCCAUGGCUUGUCUUUUGCAAGACCAGUUCUUCACAAGAUACAAAUUCAGCACAUUUGAAGCUCUACUGAUGCUGAUUUAUCAUCAAUCUCACAACGAGUCGGUCGAUCAGGGCUGGGCUUUAUUGGGGAUGGCCUUGAAUAUCGGAAUUGCACUGCGAUGUAAUGUUACCACAGAGCAUAUCAGUCCGAUGGAGCUCGAAAGACGGCGCCGCUGCUGGGCAGGACUCUUAACACUGCAUACAUAUCAAAGUAUCCUAUUUCGAGAUGUUGACAUGACAUUUCUGCUUGAGAUUAAAGCCUCAAUGCCAGCAGAUGUCAAUGACUCUGAUAUCACAGAUGAAGGCAUCUUACAACCAUCCAGCCAGCCAACUCAAAUGUCACUCAUGAUGUUCAAACUUCGCUUGUUCCAUCUUUCUGCUCAGAUAUGCCGCCAUAUUUCCGGUCCCUCACGGCAUGACCAAGGAGCGCAGUUAAGGAGAUUUGACGAUGCGAUAGCCGCGGAGCAAAAGCUAUGGGACUCCAAAUACAUGAUCAACGGGUCUCCGAAAAUUCUGAACUCUUACUACGCCCACUGGUGCAUCUUGCAGACUUACGCCCAUCACCUCUUUCUCCUCCUACAUCGCCCCUUCCACCACUCCCAGACGCCAAGCUUUAUCGCCGCAUCUCGAGAGAGAUGCAUCAACUCCGCAGCCGCCUUGAUAAGCAUUCAUCGAGAUUUGUACGAAGUCCCCUUACUUCGGAAUUUCCUUUGGUUAAUCAAUGGAGUGGUGAGCUUGCAAGCACUUCAUGCCGCUGUCGCGCUCAAUUCCUGUUUGCGGGAUAUGCCUUCAACCUUUGACACAAUCUCGUAUCGAGAUGAGUUACAGAAGCUCAUGUUACGCAUGCAGAGCUUCUCAAGUAGAAGCAAGAUAUGUUCGAAGGCGUAUCAUGUACUUGAUCAUUUACAAGCGCACGUGGGCACGCGAAACUCUCAAACGUCAAGUUCAGAGGCCCAUGUCGAGGAUAUUUUCGAAGAUUGGACCGAUAUGCGGGAAUGGUUUGAUGAUGAUCUCAUCAAUUGGGUAAGAUCCAUGCUGCACAACUGA